UUGGGUUUAAGGAGAAAAAUAGCCACCACUUAACCGGCUGAAGAAAGGUUGAUGCUCUUUCUUGUCAUCUUCUCCGAUCCACUAGCUCUUAUUUAAUCAUUCUCCAUGAACUUGGUAUCUGAUUUUUCUCUGUCUAGAGAAAUGUUAUGUGCAGGACGAAUACUGUAUUUAUCGCCGUUUCCUACCUCUUCAUUUCUUCUCCAUGGAAAUAGUAGAAAUAGAAUUACAUGCCGAUCUAUGGCCUCCGAUGCUGAUGCAUAUUCAUAUGCUACUUCUAUAGAUUCUGAAUCCUCCGAUAAAAACGCCGCCGGAUUUUGUAUAAUAGAAGGACCUGAGACAGUAGAGGACUUUGCUAAAAUGGAGUUGCAAGAAAUUCGAGAUAAUAUUAGAAGUAGGAGAAACAAGAUAUUUUUGCAUAUGGAGGAGGUACGCAGGCUAAGAAUACAGCAAAGGAUAAAGAGUGCUGAGCUUGGGAUACUAACAGAGGCACAAGAAAAUGAGCUUCCUAAUUUCCCAUCAUUUAUUCCCUUUUUGCCUCCUCUUACAUCAGAAAAUCUUAAGCAAUAUUAUGCUACUUGUUUAUCCCUCAUUGCCGGAUUUAUGCUUUUUGGUGGACUUCUAGCACCCAGUUUGGAGCUAAAGUUGGGAUUAGGAGGCACAUCAUAUGCUGAUUUUAUCCGCAGCAUGCAUCUACCAAUGCAACUGAGUCAGGUUGAUCCAAUUGUGGCAUCAUUCUCUGGGGGUGCAGUUGGGGUGAUCUCUGCUUUGAUGGUUGUUGAAAUCAAUAAUGUGAAACAGCAGGAGCACAAGAGAUGCAAGUACUGUCUUGGAACAGGAUAUCUUGCUUGUGCUCGAUGUUCCAACACUGGAGCUCUUGUUCUUAUCGAGCCUGUUUCAACAAUUUAUGGAGCGGACAAGCCUCUGUCACCGCCCAAAACAGAGAGGUGUCCCAACUGUUCAGGUUCAGGAAAGGUCAUGUGCCCUACGUGUCUUUGUACUGGGAUGGCUAUGGCAAGUGAACACGACCCACGAAUUGAUCCCUUUGAUUAAACAGAUCAUAGAUUUAAUAUGUAAAGUUUAGAUGAAGCAUCACCGCUAAAUGAACAAACACCUAUUUAAUACAAGUCAGUUUAAACUUUAAACUAGUA